GGGCGGGUUUGGCUGGCUCUGAUUCCAAGAGGCAGUAGAGACCUAACUGGGGACUGCUUCGGUCCUGAUUACGGGGAAUCUCUAGGCAGGGUUUGGUUAGGCCAGAAGGGGGGACGUCUGGCAUCCGCUGAGCUUGAAGGGCCAGAUUAGGGGAGGGAGGGAGGGAUCGGGACUGUGUGGAGCGUCUUGGGACUGUGCGCCUGGGGAGGGUUAGGAACUGGACCAGGGCAGGAGGCCGCCGGGACCUGGCGGAGCUUGAGAGCCGGAUUUCGGGAGAAGGGAAAUCUUCAGGGACCGUGCCUCUACCAGGGAGACCACGGGGGCCGGGGCGCUAUCACGGUCUGGGGCGGGGCCCCUGGAUGUGGAGGCGUCUGGGCCCUCGCCCCACCGCUGCGAGGGAGGCGGAAGCCUUAGGGCUCGCAGCCGGGGUCGGCAGCAAGGGCCGCCCUGGGACGAGGGCUCUGCGCUGGGCCCGAUGAGGAUCCGGCGGGCCCCGUCGCCGCCGCCCGUGGCCCGCUUCCACAUCCCCCCUCCCGCGCUCCCGAGCCCGCGGCUGCGCGGCCGAGGAUGGCGCAGCUGGCGGGGACCCCGCACUUGGGCGGGCGUGGAUCGGCGGCCUCCUCCCGUCCGUCGAGGACGCUCCCGUCGGCAUGCGACUAUAGCGGCCUCAGGAGCUCAACCUGGGUCUAACACCGAGCCCCAGAGACCCAGCGCUGACCCUGGCCCCUACCCCCGCAGCUCGCCUUGCGCCAUGGACUGGCAGCCAGAUGAGCAGGGCCUGCAGCAGGUCCUGCAGCUGCUCAAAGACUCGCAGUCGCCCAACACGGCCACGCAGCGCAUCGUGCAGGACAAACUCAAACAACUCAACCAAUUUCCUGACUUCAACAACUACCUGAUCUUCGUCCUAACCAGACUCAAGUCAGAAGAUGAGCCAACUCGUUCUCUCAGCGGCCUCAUCCUUAAGAACAACGUGAAGGCACAUUACCAGAGCUUCCCGCCACCUGUGGCUGACUUCAUCAAACAGGAGUGUCUAAACAACAUUGGCGAUGCCUCCUCGCUCAUUAGAGCCACCAUCGGCAUUCUCAUCACCACCAUCGCUUCCAAGGGUGAGCUGCAGAUGUGGCCUGAGCUACUGCCCCAGCUGUGCAACCUGCUCAACUCGGAGGAUUACAACACUUGUGAGGGAGCCUUCGGAGCCCUGCAGAAGAUCUGUGAAGACUCCUCAGAGCUUUUGGACAGUGAUGCCCUUAACAGGCCCCUGAACAUUAUGAUACCCAAGUUCUUGCAGUUCUUCAAGCACUGUAGCCCCAAGAUCCGGUCCCAUGCCAUUGCCUGCGUGAACCAGUUCAUCAUGGACCGGGCCCAGGCACUCAUGGACAACAUUGAUACCUUUAUUGAGCACCUGUUUGCCCUGGCCGUGGAUGAUGACCCUGAGGUACGGAAGAACGUGUGCCGCGCCCUGGUGAUGCUUCUGGAAGUGCGGAUUGACAGGCUUAUCCCCCAUAUGCACAGCAUUAUCCAGUAUAUGCUGCAGAGGACCCAGGACCACGACGAGAACGUGGCUCUCGAAGCUUGUGAGUUCUGGCUGACGCUGGCUGAGCAGCCCAUCUGCAAGGAAGUCCUGGCCUCCCAUCUGGUCCAGCUGAUCCCUAUCCUGGUAAAUGGGAUGAAGUACUCAGAAAUUGACAUCAUCUUGCUCAAGGGGGACGUGGAGGAGGAUGAGGCAGUCCCUGACAGCGAGCAGGACAUCAAGCCACGCUUCCACAAGUCACGCACAGUGACGCUGCCCCAUGAGGCUGAGCGACCUGAUGGUUCUGAAGAUGCAGAGGAUGACGAUGAUGACGAUGCUCUGUCUGACUGGAAUCUGAGGAAGUGCUCAGCAGCUGCACUGGAUGUCCUUGCCAAUGUCUUCCGGGAAGAACUGCUGCCCCACCUACUCCCCCUACUCAAGGGCCUCCUCUUCCACCCCGAGUGGGUGGUCAAGGAGUCGGGCAUCCUGGUGCUGGGCGCCAUUGCUGAGGGCUGCAUGCAGGGCAUGGUGCCCUACCUGCCCGAGCUGAUCCCGCACCUUAUCCAGUGCCUGUCAGACAAGAAGGCCCUGGUCCGCUCCAUCGCCUGCUGGACGCUGAGCCGCUAUGCCCACUGGGUGGUCAGCCAGCCACCCGACAUGCAUCUCAAGCCUCUGAUGACAGAACUGCUGAAACGAAUCCUGGAUGGCAACAAGAGGGUGCAGGAGGCAGCCUGCAGUGCCUUCGCCACUCUGGAAGAGGAGGCCUGCACGGAGCUGGUGCCCUACCUCAGCUACAUCCUGGACACCCUUGUCUUUGCCUUUGGCAAAUACCAGCACAAGAACCUGCUCAUCCUCUAUGAUGCCAUCGGCACCCUGGCUGACUCCGUGGGCCACCACCUCAACCAGCCGGAGUACAUCCAGAAGCUGAUGCCCCCACUGAUCCAGAAGUGGAAUGAGCUCAAGGAUGAGGACAAGGACCUCUUCCCCCUGCUGGAGUGCCUGUCGUCUGUGGCCACCGCCUUGCAGAGUGGCUUCCUACCCUACUGUGAGCCCGUCUAUCAGCGUUGUGUCACCCUGGUGCAGAAGACACUGGCGCAGGCCAUGAUGUACACGCAGCAUCCGGAACAGUAUGAGGCUCCUGACAAGGACUUCAUGAUCGUGGCGCUGGACCUGCUCAGUGGCCUGGCUGAGGGUCUAGGUGGCCAUGUGGAGCAGUUGGUGGCCCGAAGCAACAUCAUGACGCUGCUCUUCCAGUGCAUGCAGGACUCGAUGCCCGAGGUCCGGCAGAGCUCCUUCGCCCUCCUGGGAGAUCUCACCAAAGCCUGCUUCAUCCACGUCAAACCCUGUAUUGCCGAGUUCAUGCCCAUUCUGGGCACCAACCUGAACCCCGAGUUCAUCUCUGUCUGCAACAAUGCCACCUGGGCCAUCGGGGAGAUCUGCAUGCAUAUGGGGGCAGAGAUGCAGCCCUAUGUGCAAAUGGUCCUCAACAACCUGGUGGAGAUCAUUAACCGACCUAACACACCCAAGACUCUGCUGGAAAACACAGCCAUCACCAUCGGCCGCCUGGGCUAUGUGUGCCCACAGGAAGUGGCACCCAUGCUGCAGCAGUUCAUCCGUCCUUGGUGCACAUCCCUCAGGAACAUUAGGGACAAUGAGGAGAAGGACUCAGCCUUCCGAGGCAUCUGCAUGAUGAUUGGUGUCAACCCAGGGGGUGUCGUGCAGGACUUUAUUUUCUUCUGCGAUGCUGUAGCCUCCUGGGUGAGCCCGAAGGAUGACCUUCGGGACAUGUUUUAUAAGAUUCUCCACGGCUUCAAAGACCAAGUGGGGGAGGAGAACUGGCAGCAGUUCUCCGAGCAGUUUCCGCCGCUGCUCAAAGAGAGGCUGGCGGCCUUCUAUGGGGUCUAGGCAAACUUGGAGACUGCCAGGUUUCUGUCUGCGUUGUCGUCGGAGGGAUUGCUGGGGAGCACGCCGCGUCCAGAAGUCGCUGUGCCCUUGUCGAGGGGGGUUAGGGAGGAGUGAGUGGGACCCAAAUCCAGACGCCUUCCCCGUCUGUCCGUCCACCCACCUGCCCUGCAGGGCUUGUCUGGCCGGCAAGCGGUCAGGUGGCUGGGCCCUCCACGCUCAUCCUGCAAACGGGGAGGGGGGUGGGACUUCUGGCGGGCAGAGGCCCCUGGGCUCUAAUGGGGUCAUCUCCGGCAGCCCACUUGGGCCAGCUACGUGGGAGGGAGGAAUCCACACGGCCGACCAAAUCCGGCUUCGGAUGAGGCAAGGGGGAAGCAGGCGGGGAGGGGGGCCCUUGUAGGGACACGUAAACUCACAUGGACACACACGUGGCCACACGCAUGUGCGGGCGCUGUAGCUGGUGAGGCUGGGCCAGUCGCCCCACCAUUUCCCCGACUGCAUGGAGACAGUAGAAUUAGUGAACCCCUGAGUUAACCCGUAAGGCCUUCCGUGUAACCUGCAUCUAGAGUUUAAGAAGCUUCUGCUGUUUUGCCGGAAUUGGCGGUGACUGGGGAGGGCUGGGUGGGUAGGGGGCCUUAGCUGGGACCCCAGGGCGGGGGGAGGAGGAUGGCUGCCUUGGGGCCGCCCUGUCAGCACGUGCACGCUUGGGACCUGCUCCGCACACUUCCUGCCAGCUUUGUGGCAGCCUCAGCCAGUGUGUCUUUGUCCUUGUCCUAGCUCAGCCAGUAGGGUAGGGACCCUUGGAGUGGCUGGGGUUGGCUGGAAGUCGCCUUUCUCUCCCCUGUGCUCCAGCGGCUUUUGAUGUGCCGGGUUGGGACCUUUUUCCUGAAGAGAGCUGGGGACAGCCAGAACUGCUGGCACCCACCCCCUGCAUCUCUCUCUGUAGGCAGCUUUGGGGGCAGUCCAUUUCUCUGCUUCUGAGAGCCCCCUCAUAUUUCAGGCCCGAGUUCUAACUUUAAGGCUCAGGCAGGGGCACUGAAUUGAUGACAGGAUGAAGGCUUAUGCUCUGCCAGGAAGAAGGAAGCCAAAGGGUUUGGGAGAGGGGAAGGGAGCGUGCCCCCUGUCUCCCACUCCUUCACGUUGGGACUUCCUGUUCAUCACAGUGCCCAGUGGGCCCUGAGAUCCCACCAGAUGGGGGCAGUGAUUCUAGGGAAUCUUCUGGGAUUGGUUGGGGAUGUGGUUCAAGGUGGGAGGGGCUCCUCUAGUUAGGGAGAAGCCACAGUUACUUCCCAGUUGGCUAGGAAACUGGGCCCUGCAGCCCCCUUAACAUUGUUUUCCUUUUUUUCCUUCCUGCUUUCUAAUUCUUUGGGGGCCCCUUAUGUCUUGGGGUUUGACUGGAGUUCCACAUCCAGGGGCCUGUUCCAUGCAUUCUUCUUGGGCCCUGGUUCCCAUCCCUUUCCUAGCCCUGUGUCUUCUCACAGUCAGGGUCUGGCCCUGCCUCUAUUUCCAAGGGGCACUCAGUGCACAUUCCAUAACUCAGCUGAGUUUCCCCCACUGUGAAACUCGAGCAGGUCUCUAGAAGCCAUUUGUAAAAAGAAAAAAAAAUUUUUUAAACCUUUUUAUUUUCUGGUAAUUCCAGUUAUUUGAAGCAUCCUCUGCAGGGUCUUGGGGUGUGUGGAUGGACUGGCUGUCUUGAUGGGAUUGGUAACCCCUCUCCACCCAAGAUGGGGUGCUCCAAACACCUUCAGGGAGGGGGAGCCUGGUUUUUCUUUUUUUUUUUCCUUUUUUUUUUUAAAGAAAGCUAUUUAAUUUUUUAUUUAUUUUUGGUUGGUUUUUGCACAACGAAGUUUCAGCUUCUCAACCUUCUCCCCUGCCGAGGGCUGCGGACGCAGACUGGCUUUGAUCCGCAGUCCUCUCCACGUUUCUGAGUCCCUCCUUCAUUCCUUAUCCUCUUCUGCGGGCUCCCGGGUCUGUCCAUUUGUUAACGUGCCGUGCUGGGGAUUGGCGCCAAGGUGGCGUGAGAUUCCACUUGUGUAGAACUUUGUUGAGUAAAGAUCAGUUUCUUGUGA